AGUCUUCGCAGGGCUAUGGGCAAUGGGUUAUUCAGUGAAGUUUUUCUUUGUUCCUCUGCUUCUUGCCCACUUUCUUGCCCUCUCUGUAGCACAGGAAAAUCCCCUAUUUCACGUUUGUUCAAAUGGCAAUGGCAACUUCACCGCAAACAGCACUUACCAGCCCAAUCUCAGUCGUCUCCUCUCCUCCUUCAACAGUAACUCAGAAAACAAUUAUGGGUUCUACAAUGUUUCUAUCGGCGAAAAUUCAGACCAAGUUAACUCAAUUGUGCCCUGUGGAGAAGAUCUGCAUCAGCAAUGCUACCGCUGAGCUAAGAAACAGAUGUCCCAACCAGAAGGAAGCAGUUCUAUGGUACGACGACUGCAUGUUUAGAUACUCAAAUGCUGCCAUCAAGGCCGAGUCUUUUCAUCCUAAUUUCAAUAUGUCAGACAAGAAUAACGUCUUGAACGUCAGUGCUUUCAAUUCUGCCCUAGAUACUCUGCCGUAUAACCUGACAAAUAGAGCAGCAUCGGGUAGUUCGCUUCGCAAGUUUGCAAAGAGGACAGCCACGGCUCCGCCUUCCUACACGAUUUAUGCACUUGUACAGUGCAUUCCUUAUUUGUCCCAGCAGCUGUGCAGCCACUGCUUGUCUCAGUCUUUUACACAAAUUCCAGCAUGUUGUAACAGAAAGCAGGGAGGCAGAGUAGCUGGAACAAGCUGUAAUUUAAGGUUUGAGACCUAUUCUUUCUAUAACGCUUCUGCUGAUGGACCGUCAUCGCUACAGCCGCCACCAGCAACGAUACUGUCGCCACCCUCAAACAGUACUACACUUGUACCGCGGAAGGCAGAGUCAACUCUAAUUAUGAGACAAUUCAGAAUUCAAUUAGAAUUUGAUGAAAGCACCGUCUUGAUUUUGCUGCAGGACAAGAUCAGAAUUCAUCUCGGAAUAUCAUCAUUAUAGUGGUUUCGACCAUUGGCUCCUUGAUACUUAUCUUCCUCAUCUGCAUCUUCAUCUUUUUGAGGGUGAGGGACUCAAAGAAGAAAGUUGAAAGUAAGUCUAAGUUGUUAUACAUAGAUUCUUCCAUUGGGUUUGGAAUUCUUUUGAUUUUGAAAGUUUUUAGUGUAAUUAAAUGAAUAUAGUACUUAUUC